CGGGUCUGCCCGGGCGGAGGCUGGCGGGUUGGAGACUAGAGGGAGGGAGGGAAGGAGGGAAGGAAGGAAGCAAGCUGGGAAGGAGCGAGCGAGCGGGGGCGCGAGGCGUUUACCUGGAGGCAGCGGCUUGGGCGCGCACAGCGGCCGCGGCUCCCCCGCACCUGCGGCCAUGGAUGAGGAGCGCGCCCUUUACAUCGUCCGGGCCGGCGAGGCGGGGGCUAUCGAGCGGGUCCUGAGGGAUUACAGCGACAAGCAUAGGGCUACAUUCAAAUUUGAAUCAACAGAUGAAGAUAAAAGAAAGAAACUCUGUGAAGGCAUAUUUAAAGUUCUUGUAAAGGAUGUCCCAACAACAUGUCAAGUGUGCUGCCUGGAAGUACUCCGUAUUCUCUCCAGAGACAAAAAGAUUUUAGUUCCUGUAACAACUAAGGAAAAUAUGCAGAUACUGCUGAGACUAGCCAAGCUAAAUGAGUCGGAUGAUUCUUUGGAGAAGGUGUCAGAAUUCCCAGUUAUUGUGGAAUCAUUAAAAUGUCUGUGCAACAUAGUGUUCAAUAGUCAGAUGGCACAACAGCUUAGCCUGGAACUUAAUCUUGCUGCAAAGCUCUGUAACCUCCUGAGAAAGUGCAAGGACCGAAAAUUUAUCAAUGACAUUAAGUGCUUUGACUUGCGCUUACUCUUCCUCUUGUCACUUUUGCACACCGACAUCAGGUCACAAUUGCGCUAUGAGCUCCAGGGACUACCGCUGCUAACCCAGAUCUUGGAAAGUGCCUUUAGCAUCAAGUGGACCGAUGAGUAUGAAUCGGUCAUAGACCAUAAUGGACCUCCUCUCUCACCUCAGGAGACAGACUGUGCCAUUGAAGCCCUCAAAGCUCUCUUCAAUGUGACGGUAGACAGUUGGAAGGUGCAUAAAGAGAGUGAUUCUCAUCAGUUCCGUGUCAUGGCAGCUGUCCUUCGCCAUUGUUUACUAAUUGUAGGUCCAACUGAAGAUAAAACAGAAGAGCUGCACAGCAAUGCAGUCAACCUUUUAAGCAAUGUUCCGGUCUCUUGUUUGGAUGUUCUCAUUUGCCCAUUAACCCAUGAAGAAACAACCCAAGAGGCAACGACUCUAGAUGAACUGCCCAGUGAUAAAACAGCUGAGAAAGAAACUGUUUUGAAAAACAAUACCAUGGUAUACAAUGGUAUGAAUAUGGAGGCCAUUCAUGUUUUACUCAAUUUUAUGGAGAAGAGAAUAGACAAGGGAAGCAGCUAUAGAGAGGGUCUAACUCCAGUUCUCAGCUUAUUAACCGAAUGUUCCCGAGCCCAUCGAAACAUCAGAAAAUUUCUCAAAGAUCAGGUUUUACCACCUUUAAGGGAUGUGACAAAUAGACCUGAAGUUGGCUCCACUGUGAGAAAUAAGCUGGUGCGCCUCAUGACACAUGUUGACCUUGGAGUCAAGCAAAUUGCUGCUGAAUUCCUUUUUGUCCUUUGCAAAGAGAGAGUGGAUAGCCUGCUGAAAUACACUGGCUAUGGAAAUGCUGCAGGACUGUUGGCGGCCAGGGGCCUCUUGGCUGGAGGAAGAGGAGAUAAUUGGUACUCAGAGGAUGAGGACACUGAUACUGAAGAAUACAAAAAUGCAAAACCAAACAUUAAUCUUAUCACUGGUCAUUUAGAGGAACCAAUGCCAAACCCCAUAGAUGAAAUGACAGAAGAACAAAAAGAAUAUGAAGCCAUGAAACUUGUCAACAUGCUUGAUAAACUUUCCAGAGAGGAGUUGCUUAAACCAAUGGGACUAAAACCUGAUGGGACAAUAACGCCUUUGGAGGAAGCACUCAACCAAUACUCUGUCAUUGAAGAGACCAGCUCUGACACAGACUAAAAAGCAUCACCUGCUCAACUUCCAAUAUUGCUUUUAUCAGCAUCUUUUCUCUGUAGCUCCAGGGGAAUCUUUUCUCUAAAACAUUAUGCCCUUGCUUUGGCUAGAAACACAUUAACUGGUUUACUCAUUGAGAAUCCAGCAUAUUUAAGAAGUGAUCCUGUGUUUUCUGCGAUAUUGAGGCAUUCAUACAGAGCUGCAGAUAGGCAGAGUUACAGGGGCUAGAAGCAGAAACAAAGUAAUUCCAUUUCAUCGGGAUGGAAAGGACUUCAUUCUGUAAAGCAGCCCUGGUCAGAUCUGGCAGUUCUGUUGCCAGGAUUCUUAGCCGAAGAUUUAGCCAUGUCCUUCCUCUCACUUGUGAGAGCAGCCCCUUCUGAAUCUCUCCAGCAACCAGAGGCAUGUGAGAGCAUCAUGAGCUGAUAAACAAGGUCUGCGGCAAGUGUCUCCUUACAUCAGGACUGACUGAAUAGAAGCUAAGCAGCUGCUCUGUAAACCUACCCCCACUCUUCAUUUCAGUUUUAUAUAAAUAUGGAAACACACACACACACACACACACACACACACACACAGAGCCCCAGACAUACAAAUGGAUUACACUCUGAAAGUUUGUAUGUCACUUAACUGAAACUUCAGAAUACAUUCCUCCCUAUAAAGAGUUAUAAAUGAUGGUUUAGUUCCAGGCAGCUACACAUGCCUAUUUAUUCCCUAAUGUUCCUGAACACUAGUACCAUAGAACUGGACCACCAUCUGUACUGUUGCACCAGGAGUGUGCGUUCUGAGGCUGAACUUGGGGUGCAGAGAACAUGUACAUCCUCCAGCCCAGCAGAAGGGAUGGGGGCUCCCUGAGUGAUGGGAGUUCUUCUGUGGCCUCUGUUGGGGGUAAGGGUCAGCAGCACCCAUUUGUACAUAAAGGUCAUUCAUAUGUCAUGUUUUAAAUAGGGGUCAGUGUGUGUGCUUGUGUGUGUGUGUUCUGCCUUUUUACCAUGUGAUCAGUUUAAUGGUAACUUUAUUUAUUUAAAAAAAGAAAAGAAACACAAAUAGUUACUAUUAAACUGAUUGAGGCUGUUUAUUUUUAUUGUUAGAAUUGGUCAUGAAGAAUUAGAAACACAAUCAUGCAGUAGACAGUGGGCCUAGUUGAUCAGUGACUAAAGUUGAAAGGGGUUUGGUUUCCUUUUAUAUAUAUGUAUGUGUGGAUACACAUACAUACAUAUAUAUACACACACAUAGAUAAUGUGCUUAACCACUGCCUUUUAAAACUUUAAAUUAAAUAAAACAUUGGGGUUGAUUCAAUUU